AUGGAAAAGUUAGAAACUCAACAUCAUCAAACUUAUAAGAAGAUAUUUGACUACAAUUAUAAAACAACAUUAUCAUUCUUUGGACAAUGGCCUACCCAAUCAUUUUUCCGGAGAAAUAUUAUAAGAUCACUAAUAUUUCUAAAUGUCUUAAGUAUUUUUACUCCAAAGGUGAUUAAAUUUUGUGAAUCAACAAAUGAUGUUGACGUAUUCUUCGAAUGCAUUCCUAUGCUAGGGCUUCAUUUACUGAGUUUAUCAAAACUUAUAACAUGGUCAAUAAAUUUUGAAAAGACGAAGACUUUGUUAGAUUUUAUGAAUCACGAUAGACGUCAUUUACGAUUGGAGAGAGAUUUAAAAAUAAUGCAAGAUAGAAUAAAUCGUGACAAAGUAAUUACGGCAGCGUAUUCAACUGCCAUGUUUUCAAUUUUGAUUUUGUACCUUGCAUCACCGGCAGUUCCAAAAAUAUUAGACAUGAUAAAGCCGCUUAAUACUUCAAGAAAUUUAAUAUUUUUAUAUCAAACGGAGUAUUUUGUUGAUCAACAUCAAUAUUAUAUUCCAAUUUUAUUACAUGCAUAUUUGACUGUCCCUUUUUCGGUAUCUAUCAUUGUUUUUUUUGAUAAUGUGCUAGCAAUGUAUGUUACCCAUGCACGAGGAAUGUUUUCGAUUCUGAGAUCAUAUUUAGAAAGAUUACACUUGGAUACAAAUAACAAACCAUACACAGAUAAAAAUAAAGAUCUCAUUCAUAAAAAUAUCAUCCAGUGUGUCCAAAUGCAUAGACGUAUUUUAGAGUUUGCCGAUAUAAUGGAAUCAUUGUACAGUUACGAAUACAUUUUUCUAUUGAUUCUAAAUCUUUUUGUGAUAACACUCACGGGAAUUGUGGCCGUGAUAAAACUUGAUCAAAUUAAUGAAUGCCUGAAGUAUUGUGCAUUCUGUAUAGGUGGAAUUUUUCAUCUUUUAUAUUGUAGUUAUCAAGGACAAGAACUUAUAGAAGAAAGUGAAAGAAUUUUUACAGCAGCUUAUUCUUCGGAAUGGUAUACAUUUCCCCCUUGGCUACAAAAACUUCUAAUACCAAUAAUGAUGAGAAGUGUUAAUCCGAGUGAAAUUACUGCUGGAAAACUGGUGCCUAUUUCCAUGGAUACAUUCAGCAUAGUUCUCAAAAAUUCAAUGUCUUUUUUUACUGUUCUAUCGUCAAUGCGAUAAAUUAUUGAAACAUACCUACAGAAUAUCUCCAAUAAAUGUAAGUUAUGAUAUUUACAACGUAACACAUUGUCCACAUCCACAAACGAAGAAU